AUGAUCUAUAUUCACAUCUGGAUCUUAAUAUUCAUCUUCCUUCCAAAAAGUAAGUUCACAUUCUGUAUGAUAUCAAAUCUCAUCUUUAUUAAACAGUGUUGGCAGGGGGAUUGUAACAUUUAUACAAAUACUGUAGAUGGAGAGAUGUCAGACUGCCGAACUGGACAUUGUUUGACAGAAUACAGUAUAAUUGUAUUAGUGCCGCUCACUAGAUUAGAGGUGUGGGCAGAUUAAAUUAAAUAUUUGCGACAUUGUACUCUAACUCUUAAAGAUGCAUCUGCUCUCCCUGAUUUUCAUGUCAGAGUAAAGGCUAAGGACACACUACCAGCCGUGCAGUUUAAAAUUUAGCCAGGGAAGAUCCCUCCUCAAUCUUUAAUGUUUUACCCAAACUCAGUGUGAGCUGAUAAGGGUUCCAGCAAUCUGAGUCUAUUGAAAGAGAUAAAUGAUUUAUAACUACUGUAUUACCACAUAUCAUAUACUUUUUCACACUGUUCUGACUCAACUGCAAUAUGCCUUUUUAUGAUUCUUGUACGCUUUUCUUUUAGUAUUUGCAAAAACAUCAAUAACGAAAAAAAAAAUCCUUCAUUUUUCAUUCUUUGAUUUCUCCAUGUGGAUUGAUUAGUGAUUGCAGAUAAAACUGAUAUACAUGUAAGAUAUUCAACUAUUUAAUUCAAACAGCUAUUAAUCCUGUUAACUUGUUUCCUAGGUAUAUUGUGUGCAGAGUCAUGUGGAGAUAAAAGGACAGUUUUUGGCGCAGUGAGAGGAGAUGUCGUUCUCCCUUUGAACCAGACUGCAAUCAAAGAUAUAGCUUGGGUGACCGCUAAUGUCCAUUUUGCCUCAACAAAACCAGGCGGAGAUAUAGACAUUCUAAAUAACCGAUAUGAAGGCAGACUGUAUGGAACGGCUGAUGGGUCUUUAAACUUUACUAAACUAACCAGUGAAGACCAGGGAGAAUACACUGCACAUAUACUCACAGGCCCCAAAAUCAAGUUCUGUGAACAACAGUACGAUCUCCGAGUGUUCAGUAAGUGUCCGUAUUUAUCAAUGUAUAGAGUGUACACAAAGUAUCAGUGAGAUUAAAGGAACACACCAGAUUUAUCAAUAAAUACAUUUAUAUAAAACGCAGAGUGUUGUAAAGUGUUUUUAGAUCACUGGCUGCCCCUUUCCUGUAAAAUAAAGCUGUUACUUCACUAAACCAUUUAUCAGCUGAAGUGCUUUAGGGGUUUGCAGCGUUCCUUUAGCCUUCAUUACCAUAAUUUAUAGUGGGUAAACACAGUGACAGCUGGUUACAUGUUUUAUUGACAUUGUUACUGUGUAACCAUUACUAGUGAUUUCGUGCCUGGCAUCACCCUGGCAGAUAGAUUCCUUUUCGUUCAUGCUGGAAGUGCGUGCCCUGCUUUUACCCACUGAGACAGUUUAUUUUUGAAAGCACCAGAGUCUCAAAUAUUGUCUCUGACAUCUAAACUGUAAUCAUUAUAAAGCUUUGUUAUUGCCUGAAACAUGGUCAGCAACCUAUGGCACUCGAGGUGCCUUAGCACGACAUUCAUGGCUGCCAGAGCCAAACAGGCUCUGGCCUACCAGGAGUCCCAAGUGCAAACCAAGUGGUGAUUGCAGGUGGUGAGGGACAAGCCUCAAUUUAUGCAUUGCAGCACUUAAAGGAAAUUAUCUCAAAUCACUUCUUACCAGCACUUGGUAACAGGUAUACGCACUGGAGUCGAGCAUCCCACAGCAGCUAUUGCAGCUCCUGCCCUUAAUCUGCACCUGGCCAGCCCGGUCCCCACUGGACCCCAGGAAGUCAUCCACACUGAUAGUUAUACAGAGAGCUGCAGGAUAACCCUCCACUUCAUACAAAUAAUGCAAACAGACCACACAAAAACACACACACACAGGCCCCACAAACGCAACACCACUGACAAUCCACAUACAUGCACACAACCCUACAAGCAGCCUCUCACAUGCAAUACCUCAAACAGCCCCACGCAUACACACACAACCAAACACACAAAGUGACAUAACAACCACACGUACAACUCCACAAGCAGCCCUCAUUCAUAGAUAUCAUACACAACACCACAAACUACGGUAUCAUUGACAUAUACCACGUAACAGCCCACAUACACACAAAUACAACACUACAAAGCAACUACAGCACCCAUACGGCAACAUACACGCCUCGGUUUAAAAAAAUAGGACCAUCACGCUAAGGGUAAAAUGUUGUUUUGGUACAGUACUACUUAAAGGUUGUCUAUCUCUGUCUAUCCUAACGGCAAAGUGAUCAAAGAGAAAGAAAAGCUAUUAUUUAACUACAAAGCACAUUAUCAACCGGGUGUUUAGAUGAUGGGAUUGAUAGUCCAGCAAGAAAACUGGAAAAUGGUCCUAAUGAUCCAGUGAUGUGAACAUUUAGAUUCCUAACUGCAUUAAUGUCACAGUUUGAUAUAACGUGUUAUCUGAUUGAAGAUAAAAAACAAAAUUUAUCUCUAUAAAUUAUGUUUAUCAAUAAAUCAAGAACAUUUAUUAAAUUUAUUAAUAUAUUUCAGUAUGUGUGAGGAAAUGGGUUAUUUUAAUAAAUAUUUUCAUUAACUAAAAUAUACCCCAUGCGUGCAGACUGUAACAUAAUGUGCUACUCCCUCCUAUGUGUACACAGUGUUAGUAAUUUCAUGGUGCCAGGGUCUCCUACCAUUGCUGACAGUGUGAGCGGACAGUUACUAAAUAUUAAUGUGUUACAUAGCAUUGACCAAUCAAGUCAAGGUGGGAGGGGCUAAAUAAAAAGGAAGACAGUUCACAGAUCCCCACCUCCUGCGCAUGUUGCUUGCUUAUUUACUGGGAAUUUGCCACUCCACUAUCUCUUUUCCAAAUUGUUUUAAUGAAAUUAACAAUUUAAUUUAAAUUUGGACAAAGUAAAAGAAUGUGCGAAUGAUAUUCAGUUUGGCCUGGUCAGUUGCAAAUUUCGAACAAACCAAGUUGGCAAGCCUUUGCACAUCCGGCACAGCAUGGGGGAAAAGGUGAGUUUAAACACAUUUUCACUGCUCAGAUAGGGGCUUGGACCUAAACUGCCGCACCAGCUUUAUAGUGUCAGAAAUACACGUAUGUUCCUUUAAUAUAUAAUAGGAGUAAUGGAAUAUUAGAUUAAUCAGGGUAAUUUUUACACAUUUUGGGUUCCUGCAGGCAUUGAUUAAAAGCAGCUCUAUGAUGAGAUGCUAAUUGGCCAGGGCUGCGUUUGGUUCCUCCCCCGCCCCGCCUCCAUGACUGAGAUCAUUGAUAAUCUCAACCAAUCCAAUGCUUUUCUAUGGGCAAAUAUUGAAUUGCCUGAGAUCACUAAUUCUGAUGAUCUCAGUCAAGGAGGCAGACCAGAGGCGGGCCACAGCCAACGGACCCUCAAGGUGCUGAAAUAAAGGUGAGUUUUUACUCUAUUUAAUGAGGGCAGGGGACUAAAUACUGUAGUGUUUUUAACACCAUAGGGUCAGGAAUACACGUGUGUGUUCCUGACCCUGUAGUGUUCCUUUAACAUACAAUACAAGUAACAGAUGUUAGAUUAAUCAAGGCAGUUUUUACAUAAUUUGUUAAAUGGAUCAUAUGGCUAAUCCCCUCAAUAUAUUUCUUUAGACCUGAUUUUCUCCAAACUGGGCUUUUAGAGGAAUUAGAGGCUAUUAGAUGAAUGGGUAAAGCCUCCAUUUGAAUAAAUUGAUAAAAUAAAAAUCAAUUGCUAUUCUGAAUGGUACAUGUCGUUGUUGCAAUAAAAUUUAAAUGCUAUGCAGCUAUGGUGCCACUUUGUCUGCUCAACCUAUUGGAAAGAAAAAAAAUCACGACUGACAAUGCGUUAUUUAAUUCAUCCAUAUAAAAAAAUGAUCCAAAUGUAAUGGCCGAAAUUCAGAUGAACAAAAUUUCUCAAAGUACAAAAUUUGUCUUUGGCUGAAUUUUUAAAGAAAACGUAGAUGAACCAAAUUUUUCGCUUGUGCACAAGUCUGUUAAUGGAUGGUGCCAGCAAUCACUGUAUUUGUCUGUUGUUAGCCAAAGCUAAACAGAGUAAAAAGCAUCAACCGUGGACUGAUUAACCCACAAUGUAUAAUAUUAUUAUAUCAACAUUUUAUAUACCUAUUCCAGGAACAUUGCUGCCUGAAGAUAUGGAGAUUCUCCCCAGUGUUACCAGAAAUGGAACCUGCAGGGUCAGUUUAUUUUGUAUGGUAAAUGGAUCUGAUGUGAAUAUUACCUGGAUCAGCUCAGACAGCAGUGCAAUAAAUGUGGUUAAUGGAUCACUGCAUGUUACAGAUACAGAUAACAUCUUCAAGUGUACUGCGCACAACUCAGUCAGUACCAUCUCCAGAACCGUGAAUCCACAGAGAUACUGCCAGGAAGGUAAAAGUGUGUAAUUAUUACCGUUCUAUUUACUGCAUGUGUCACUAUUCACAAUACUCAUUACAUACAUGUAAACGUAUGUUAUCUUAUUUAGAUUGCAAGCUCUGUCAAUCUGUGAGAUCUACCACUUGAAUUUCAGAGUGCUUCACAGCUGUAGCUCUUUUCCUGAACUAAUGACAAUGCUAAAUUUAAAGGGAAAUAUACAAAAAGAAUCAAGCAAAAAUGUACUACUAAUUUACAGUAUCGUGGUACAAUAUAUACGUCUACAAAAGGUAACAAAAGUAUAGCAGCACCUUACCAGUGGAAAAGCUCUAAAAACACCCAUUCAAUCAAAUAUAAGAUAAAAAAGGUGCGCGGUACCUUUAAAAAUUUAAAGUGCAAGAAAAUGUCAGUGCAAUGCACAAUAUUGUGUUAAAAAUAACAAAUACAAGGAUAUUAAAUAAAUGUGCAAAUUCACAAGUGUGUUAUGUGUUAAAAUAAACGAAAACAACUUACUAAGGAAAUAGGGAUGUUACACUAUGUCUUCCAGAGAUAUAUAAGAACAUAAUACAUGAAGAGAAAAAGGGAAAAAUAUAGCGUAAUACUGUAUAAUAAAAAAUAAUAAAUAAAUGAAUGAAGUGAAACUCACAAGGAGAGAGCAGUACAAGUCUGCUCUAACUUCUCAGGCUUUUGUCCACAAUACAGGACUGGAUAUAGACAGGUAUUCAGGAUGGUAGCUGAAUGUAAAAUGUGCUUUAUUUCCAUGUAAUUAAAAGUUCACAGAGAAUGUGAAAACGCUCUCUAUUUCAUACAGAAGUCCAUACCCCUUUACAGUAUAUUUUGAAAGAACUGCUCCUAGCAUUAGCGGUCUUAUGAAACAGUCGGCACUUGCAGGGAGUACUUCCGGAAAACGGAGCUGUGUACGACAAUGUGUUGACGUGAUGAUGUUGUGCGUGUAAAGACGUGAUGAUGCGUUUCGCCUAGGCGGCUUCCUCAGAUCACAUCACAAUUCAGCUGUCCUGUUCUUUUAGAAUUGUCAUUGUAGGCGUGGUGUAUGAUACUCCCUUCACCAUUGGCUCUUGUUAAAAACUCCAAGUUUGAAUGACUGCAUAUAUUAAUUCUAAAGUCCACAAUUUGUCUGGCAUAUCACCUAAACAAUGGCAGAACACAGACAUACAUCAUAAAACAUAAUGAAUAAUAAUAAUAAUAUAUAUGAAAAAAAGAGAUGUCUUUUGAUGUCUUCUCUUUUCUUCAUAUAUAUAUAUAUAUUAUAUAUUCAUUAUGUUUUUUGAUGUAUGUCUGUGAUCUGCUAUUGUUUCGUGAUUUUCGUCAGACACACACAAUCACUCAGACACACAGGCUCCCUCACAGACACACACUGAUACACUAAUUCCGCCCCUCCAAUGACCCAGCAAACCCAGAGUCAGGGGUGAUAGGGCUCUGGGAUAUGUGAGUUUUUUUUCCCUUAGAUUUUUCUUCAUUCUAUAUUAUUAUGUAUUCAGGUGGUCUGCACUAUUAUUUGUUUGCUUUUUAUAUAUUUACAGAUUAAUUUAGCACGCUUUUUUUGGUAAUUAUUGUCUUUCUUUACACAUUUCUUGUGCAUUGUAGUUUUGAGCGCUGCUGCACUUUCUGUAUUAGAUUCUAUAGCGCUCACAAAUUGGUUUUUGUGUAUUUACACACUGAUACACACACAGAGACUCACUGACAGACAAACACACACAGACAGCAUUACUCACACACAGACAGCCAUACACACAGACAGCCAUACACACGGACAGCCAUACAUACACACACACACACACACACACACAGACAGCCAUAUACAGAGACAGCCACACACACACACAGCAGUACGCACACUGACAUCCAUACCAAUACACACACACAGACAGCCAUACACACACACACACACACACAGAGACAGCCACACACCCAUACACACAAACAUACAUUUCCCCCCAAGCGAGGGAGCAUUGAUUUUUAGCUCUCCCUGCUCACCUCCCUCGUGCGCUGCAGUGAUGCCUGGAGCCGGAGUGACGUCAAAUUCCAGCUCCCGGCAUCGCUGCAGGAAGUUGAGCAGGGAGAGCUUACAUUCUGCGUUCCCUCGCGGGCCGCGGGCCACAAACAUAUUAGUUGUGGGGCGCAUGAGGCCCAUGAGCCGUCCGUUUGACAUCUACAUCAUAGGGUUUGGAAUACACGUUUGUGUUCCUGACCCUAUAGUGUUCCUUUAAUAUAAAAUACGUGUAACGGAUGUUAGAUUACCCCCGUAAGGACACAUGACGGAAAUAUUCUGUCAUGAUUCCCUUUUAUUCCAGAAGUUGUGUCUUUAAGGGCUUAAUCAUGGUCAUUUUUACAUAAUUUGUUAACUGGAACAUAUGGCUAGUCCCCUCAAUAUAUCUCUUAUAGACCUGAUUUUCUCCACACGGGGCUAUUAGAGGGAUGGGUAAGACCUCCAUUGGAAUAAAUUGAUAAAAUAAAAAUGUUAUGCUAUUCUGACAUGUCUUGUUGCAGUAAAAUGAAAUUCUAGGCAACCAGAUCACUUACUGAAGGUAAAAUACCAAUGAGAAAUAUCUAGAUACUUUGGGUACGCACUGAGCAUGCUCAGAUGAAAUGUUGCAGUUACUGUAAGUACUGUGUAUUAUGCGACUACAUAAAAUUCUUCAAACUCUUGUUUCAAAUAACAGAUGUUUCAGAUGUUUCAAAUCUACAAACAAUGUCUACCGCUGAAAAUUCUCUCCUUUGUAGAGUUUUUAUUGCUAAGAGCAUUGCAGUUGUUAUUGUUGGACUUUUCCUCGGCAUCAAUUUACUCCUAACCAGAAAACAAGUAUGUAGUAUUUAUGUAUUUCCAUGAUUAAUGUGUUAUGGAUAGCUGUAACCUAUAAUGGAUGGGUGGGGUACUCAGCCCAAUAAGAAUCUGGUCUGCAUUUCCAGAGAAAGAAUAGGAAUUGGGGGGAACAGCCAGAACAUGCAUUUCUAAGUAGUGGUGCUGCCAUAAAGACCAAAAUGUAUACAAAAUACAAAGAAAGGAACAGCGCGCACACAAAAACAAAAAGCAUUUGAAAAAGACUACUUAAAAUCACCUAUCUUAGCAAACAAAUAAAGAUGUGUGUAUGUGUCAGUGUAUCUCUGUGUCAAAAUGUGUGUAUCUGUCAGUGUGUAUAUUGGUGUGCCACUGCGUGUGUAUCUAAGUUUGUGUGCAUGUGUCAGUGUGUGCAUUUGUGUGUCAUAAUCUUUGUAAGUCAGUGUUUGUAUCUCCAUUUCAGGGUGUGUAUAUGUCAGUAUAUGUAUGUUUUAGUGUGUGUGUUUAUGUGUGAGUGUGUUUAUGCAUUUUUCUGUGUGUUAAUGUGUAUUUUUGUGCAAGUAUGUAUGUAGCAGUGUAUGUGUAUAUGUGCAUACAUCUCAGCAAUUAAACACCAACACUGUGUAGAAACACACCCCUUCAAUCAAACACAAACAUUAUAUACAAACACAUCCCUGCACUCAAAUUAUAAAAUUACAAACACUACACACAAGUACACCACUGCAUUCUAAUAGCAACAGUACAUGCAAAAACACCCGUGCAUGUGCACAUGCUCUAUACAACAACAUGCUUACAUUCAAAGAACACACAAACACUGCUCAGUAACACAACCCUGCAAGGAUUCACAGAUAGUAAAUCCCCAGCAGGCAUAGCAUUAGUGGGGGUUCAACAGAUGGGGAUCUAUUUUUUGACCCCAUUUUGCUAUAGGUGGCCCAAUAAAAAUGCUUGUACCAGGGCUCUCUCUACAUUAGUUCCGCCGCUGAGUGUAACUCCUUGUGUGUAUCUCCUUGUAAGAUUAAGAAGCUUGUUUAUGCAAGCAUAAAUUGGCAGUUUAUAAAAGCUGUAUGCUUACACGUAAUAAAUAGAAGUAGUGAUUCAGCAUAAGUCGGUGUCUGUCUGAUUUAUUGCAUCCUGAGCACUCAAUUUUGUAUGUAUGUUACUUGAUUGUUGUAAGUGUUGCAAAUGCUUACAGCUGAAUCCUGGCUAUUUUUGUAUACUUUUUAUUUAAAAUUGUAUACAAUGUAACAUUCUUCUUCUUUCACUGGGUAAGUAUAUUUGUACUUAGGCAAUGCUGUGCUUUGGAACUUCGGCAACUUCAGAACUUCGGCACUUCAGCACUUUGGAACUUUAGCACUACGACACUUCGGAAAUUCGGUAAUUUCAGAACUUCGGCAAUUCGGACAUUUGGAAGUACCCGAAUGUCCGAAUUGCCCGAAAUUCGUCCAAAUUCAUAUUCGGACUGAAGCGAAUUGCACAUGUCUAAUUAUUUAUUUAUCAAGGACAUAACUGGGGAGCAAACCUGACCCUAUAUAGGCGAUACAUAGAUUAUAUUUUUAUUAUCUGGAAAGGAUCCAAGGUAGAUUUUAAUUUAUUUUUUAACUAUCUUAAUUCUAAUAAUUGGGGCAUUAAAUUAACAAAAAAUAUUAGCCCUAUUACUAUUGACUUUUUAGAUCUCAAUAUUUAUAUUCCUGACCAACAGUUUAAAACGCACUUUUUUUUAAACAAGUGGAUGUAAACAGUUUUAUUGAAAUAAGCAGCUGCCACCAUGACCCAUGGCUCCAGAAUAUCCUUAAGGGUCAAUUUUUAUGGGUCAAAAGAAACUGUUCAGACCAAACAGAUUUUAUUACUUCGUCAUCAUUUUUAAAAAACAGUUUUUAAAAAAAAGGGUAUCUUGACGAUAACCUCCAAAAAGACAUAGAUAAUAUUAAGGACUUAAACACAUCACAAUUACGAAACUAUAAAAAGAAGAAUCAAAAUAAUCAAGCGAAACAAAUUCCACUUAUUUUUAAUUAUUGUAGUAACAUUGGUACAUUAAAAAGAAUUGUUAGAAAUAAUUGGCAUAUUUUAAAGGGAGAGCAUGAAAUGUAUGAUUUAUUUUUAGAGGGGCAAAAAGUUUUAGACAAAUUUUAAUGUCAAACUAUAUAGAAAAGGAAAAAGAGAAUUGCAAUUUCCUAACAAACUGGUCAAAAACGUUAAAAGGUUUUCAUCAUUGUGGCAAUUGUUAUGCCGGUAAAAAUACCAAUAUAACUUAGAAAGAGAAAGAUAAUUUUACAUCUCAUAUCACUAAAAAGGAUUUUAAUAUUACCUCUUUUAUUACAUGUCAGUCUAGUAAUGUCAUUUAUUUAUUACAAUGUGGUUUACAGUGUAUAGGUAAGACCUCUAGACCUCUAAAAACAAGAAUUUAUGAACACAUUAGAAAUAUUAAAAUUUGGUUCACAAACCACAGUCUGUCAAAUCGUUUUCUAGAGGGACAUAAUUCAAAUCCAAGAAAAAUUAAGUUUACAGCAAUUCAAAAAAUUCAAACCCAUUGGAGAGGUGGAAAUAAUGCUUUUAAUCUAAGUAAAAAAGAAUCAAACUGGAUAUUUGAGCUCCAAACCCUAUGCCCUAAAGGUCUAAACAUAGAUUUCAAAAUAGGUCCUAUACUGUAAUAAUUAUUUAUCUAUUUUACUAUGUCUGGGAAUUUAUAAAAAAUAUUCUAUAACCCUUAUUUUUAUAUUAAUAUAUUCACACUAUUUUUAUACUUGCUAUCUAUUCAUUUUGAUAAAUGUAACGGCACCCCCAGGCAUAAAAGGGUUAAACCGCCGUUUAGAAGAUCUUCCCCUUCCAGAGACACAGGCAGCUACUGUAGACACCAAUCCACCAAACCGGAGAAGCAUGUGAAUGCUCUCAAAUAUACGAAUGCUGUAAACAGCUGAAUAGGAAAAACCAUACAAAUAGGUUUACCCUCCUAGCAGUCAAACUGGAACAGCAUACAGUGAAUCCCCCCAAGAACGAGACAAAGCUCCGUGUUGAGGGUCAAGCAGUGAACAGCCAGAGCUGUGGGUUUAUUGUUCUUAUAUACACAUUCUUACACAUUAGUACCACCCACAGGGUUUUGGAACACAACCAAUAAACAUGUACAAUACACUCAGACACUCCCACACAAAAUCCUCCCCUCUACCAGUGAUACAAUUACCUUACAGUUCGGUGUAUUGGUGUCUACAGUAGCUGUGCCUGUGUCUCUGGAAGGGAAGAUCUACUAAACGGCUUUUAACCCCUUUUUAUGGCUGGGGGUGCCGUUACAAUAAUGAUGUAUUAUUACUGUAUUCCUUGAUUUGUUGCUUAUUUAUUUUAAUAAUGUAAUUUAUUGAUUUUACUCAUAUCCUUGCCCUUAUUUUCUCCCUCUUUUAAUAUGGUGAUUAAAUGAACACUGUUCCUAUGUGCAACCUUUGGACUCUGCCCCUUUUCUAACAAGAAUUGA